AUGGAGAGCAAAGCCCGAUUCGCGAAGCAGUACGAUCCUGCAAAUCCACGCCGAGCUAAGAAUCUCGAUGAGCUCGCUUGGGCACCUUUACAAGCGGCCGUGACAAGCUACCACGAACUCGGUCACUCUCGAUCCCAGAUAAUCCAAUUGCUGGAAGAUCGGCAUGGUUUCUCAGUCUCGCCUGCACAAUUGAACAAACAGAUGGCUCAAUGGAAACGACGCUUGAAAAAGAAAGAUAAAGUGUCGAGCAGGACUGACUUGGUCCCUGCUUCUAUACCAUCGAACCAUGAUUCGCUUGAGCACGGUGUGGAGUAUCAUCACGGAGAAGGGAGACACCAGGUUGCCGAUAAUCCCCCUCUAGGGCUUGAACCGAUUUCGGGCUUCGCGGCUUCUCAACCAGAACCUGUCGACACUUUCCCAAGGAGCUCCUCAUCGGCUAGCCAUCUGUAUCCAAAAGCCAAUUCAAGGCACGAGAGUCAACGCCCUGGUGCGACCGCGCAUCUUAGUUCUUCUACCCCAGAGAAAUCAUCAUCGCCAUCGUCGGCUUCACACGAGGGGUCAAUUACCGGUAACGAUCCUUCUCCUAUUCCUGACGUCUCCAUCGAAUGGCCUAAAGAUAGACAGGACUUGCCGUCGUUGUUCGAGCUCAUUGAGAAGGUUACUGAAUAUCAACCUGGCCCUGAUGCAACCAUCAUAUGGACGAAUUAUGAACCCCCGAUCCUGCCGCCCACUGCCUGUGGGACCCAUGAUAUUGACUCUCAAUGGCACACAACCCUGGAGUUCUGGCUGAGAAUGGGUAAUAUUGCAGAUGCUCUUACUGCAGCAGGGUGCCUCUCUAGUGCUUUUGACCUGCACCAUAUCUGUUUUGUGCAGAUCUUCACCCACGUCAAGAAGUGUGGCCAACAGAUCCCGCUGUCCAGCGACCUUCAUGUUAGUCCAGAAACUCAGCAGGAUGCUCCAACUCGGAACCUUUUCUGUGCCGCUGCCCUAAAAAGUCCUGUUCUGCAGCUGCUCGUCAAAGCUGCCAUCGGCAUUGCCCGAUCUUCAUAUCCUGAACAGGCCGAACUGACCCGUUCCGUGCUGGAUGCGACGCUCUGUAUUACAAACGAAGUGGAGUCUUUGACGACGAUAAGGUUCCUGACGGCGUUGUUUAACUGUUACAGACAAAUAUGCAAACUUGGCUGGUGGUUCGCAGACACUCGACUCUUUGAACAAAUCACUGCUGUUGGACCUCACCGUAACUCGAUCGAACCUAACCAUGACUCCUGGAAGCUAAAAUCCCUGAGGGUGAUCCACCCGACAAUUCAAAAUCGCGAGUACUUGGUGUUCAUCAGUUGGAUGUCCUGUCACUCGCAAUCUUCUUCUGAACAUAUCGAUCAUCUUCCAUCCGUUUUCGGGUUACCAACACCCUGUACAGCAUUGGUAGCAGAUUUGCACAGCGCCCGUUCUCCGUAUGUUUGCGAUCCAGGUUUGUGUUCCCCUAUCGAGAACGCUGUUAUCACUUUUCUGGACCAGAGCUAUGCUAUAAUUUCCGAAGCUUCCCCAGUUCUGGAGAGGUACACGAAAUUUCUUCCGCACGCCACUGAACAAUUGGAGAAUGCGCAAUUCAUAUUGUUCUGGUUUCUUACCUGGAAAAGAGGACUGUUGGAUGUCAACACGAACCAGGCACAGUGUGACACUGACUUUCGACCGACCGUUUUUCCGGAGACCGCUUAUCACCCUUCCAAUUUGGAGGCAUGCUAUGUCCUGUGCCGAUUGAUCUCUAAGCUGUUUAGAGAGGAAUUUGCAGGAGAACCAUGGUGGGGCCUGAUGGAUCCGGCUUGGGCUCCAAUCUUGCUAUCAUUGUACGCCUUGUCGGCCAUCGAUAAAAUUCGGCAAUCGCCAUACGUGUUCCUACAUCAGUAUCUGAGCCGAGUCCUCAACCCGCAAUUUUAUGUCGGCUACACAACAAACGACUACAAACAGGUGCAUUCAACGAUCCUCGCUCCUCCGUUCGUUGUCUCGAAGGUCAAAGCUACACUCAAUUUGCAUGAGCUGAAUCAGUCCGGAGACGACAUCGAUGAACUUGACGUAUCUCACCUCCAAAGCCGUAUGGAGAUGCCGUCGACAGCAGCUGUGCGGUUUGAGUUGGCCGAUGCGGAAAGCAAGACCAAUAAGGCCUCCCACGUGGAUCCGACUGGUAUCAACAACGGACGUCCUAAGAGAAGCGAUCUGAUGCUGCCGCCGCCGCGGCCAAUAUCGCCACCGACUGGUUCCGUCAUAACCAGUUCCUCGGGCUUAUCCGACGACACCAAAUCGUUCCGCAGGCUUGCCCGCAGAAUCAACAUGCCAGGUGGUGCCCUGGCGUGGCCUCCGCCGGACCACAGGCGCGACCAAAAUCCUCUUUUGCCGAGUCCGAGAGAUAUCUUAGAGGACGUCAUUGGUAUGCCUCGCGAGCCACCUGCAUGGGGAAUGUUUUUCGGCUUGAAGGAUCAAUUUUCAACAAUAUGGGACUAG